CAGAGGAAACUCGUUUAGAAGUUUAACUUCAUAUUCAUCAUUUAUGAGUUUUAAAACGUUCAAGUCUUCUGGUCUUAGCCACGGAGCCAGUUUUAGAAGUUGUAUCUCGAGACAACAACAUGGGUUGGAGCAAAUUAAUCAGGGAUUUUACGACUGUUCAGAAGGGGAUGGAGUGUCAUUUUAUUCAGUUGAAGGAGCAGAAAAUAUAAUUGUUAAUGAACCUGAACACACUGUUAAAAGGAUAUCUGAAACAGAAACAGAAUUGAAAAAGCCAAGAUUGUUGUUAACAACUUACACCGGAUACUUUUUAACUUUAAUUGGUGGUAUUCUGUAUACAGCUAGUAGCGCGCUGAUCAACCUGGUUCCAGAGAUCAAUCCUUGGACUCUCAUUAUACUCAGGUGUUUAGUGCAAUUGAUAUUGAUGGUUCCUGUUUUAGGAAUAGUGGGAGGCGUGCUGCUGUUGGCUAUCUAUCUAUCCAUUAACAGACUUCCAACAGAUGUUGUAGCACUCUUCUUCUUUUCAGUUCCCGGAUUCGCUAUGGUUCUAUCUGCAGCUAUCUUGAAAGAACAUUUUGCAAUUUUCAGAGCCUUCAUUAUACUGAUUGUAUUGUCAGGAACAUUUCUACUAAUUCACCCGACCACUAUAUUUUCACAGAUUGUAAAUGUUUUACCCUUAAAUGGUUCAGUACUCCUGGAGGAAGAUAUUUCAAAUUUACCAACACUUCUUGUCAGAAUUAAUAUUCUUGGUUGGCCUAUAAACUUUAAACAGGCGAAUUUUAGUUUAAAUGAGAUCAACCUUGACAACCUUGAUGCUAUAGGGAUAAUAGCAUCUCUCUCAACACCAAUUUUAACAGCAUAUCUCUGUAUACUGAUGAAACAGUGCCAGAUAAUUCAUUUCUCAGUUUCCUUAUUCUGGACCGGUUUGGGAGGACUAGGAGUCUCAGUUCCAGCAUUAUUUAUUCUUGGACAAGUUAACAUUUUCCAGGGAGUCGAGGAAUGGUGUUUUGGAUUUCUAAUCGGGGCUCUAGGUUUAGCUGGUAAUAUGUUUCUAGUCAAAGGAGCUUGUAUGACAAACCCUGGUAAAAUGAUAAGCUUACUAAGUGUGGAACUAGUAACCGCAUACAUUCUUCAAAUAUCUGUUUUUAAAACGUAUCCAACUACCCUAGAUAUAGUUGGAGCCAUAUUGGUUGCUUUUUGCCUAUCUUUGCUACUCAUUGAGGACUUUUUAGUAGCAAAAAUAUCAUCGAAAUGGUUUUAGAUAUUUUUUCCUAAAAAAGCUUUAGCUGUGCAAGUCAUAUUAUAUAAAUGGACCUAGUUUUAUUACUUUUAUUAAUCAGCAAUAUUAUUAACUUAGAAAGAGUUUAAAAUAUGCUUGAAAGAACUCUCUUAAAAUGUAUUUUAACGUUCUUGCACAGACAAAUGGUGUUUUUUUUUAAAUUUUAAUCAGAUGUUUGGCUAUCGGAAGAGUCUGACUACUUCUCUAUGUCUAGUCAAUAUUGGCUUUAAAUUAUAAACAAUCUCGAACUUAAAAUAAUAGAUUCGGACAAAGUUUAGUUGACAUUUUAUGAGAGAUUCAUUAUUGUUUAAUGCACAAUUUUCAGUUGUGAACUUAAGGUUUUAUGCACAAUUUUCAGUUGUGAACUUAAGGUUUUAUGCACAAUUUUCAGUUGUUAACUUAAAGUUUAAUGCAAAAAUUUUCAGUUGUGAACUUAAGGUUUUAUGCGUGAUGAAUUAAGUUUAAUCGGCUGUGUUUAGAUAAUUGAAAGUAUUUUAUUUGAAUAAAAUGUAUUAUUG